AGGCCUACACAAUAGAGCUUUUGUUCUGAGUGAUCCUGAACAGUUCUUUUGGGCAGGGGAAUUUGUGUGUGAAUGUGCAAACAUAUAUGUAAACUGAGUGGCUGCCUGGCCUUGUCCUAGGUUUUGUCCCGUAUAUAUUCUGCCUUUUUCUUUUUUUUUUUUUCUUUUUCUUGCAGCAUGUAUGUAUAUUUUCUCAAGGCGUCUGCCCUGCACUAGACUUGGGCUUGCCUUUCCAGGCCAGCUUCCAGAGGAUGUUUUGGCAGUUUUCCCUCUGGGUAACCAAGCGGGCUGCAGCCAGCAGAUGGCACUGCAGCAGAAAGGGGCUGAGUCCCUUUAGGCCCUUGAUAAGGAGGGCAGAUUAGUAACCUUAUAAUUUAACCCUCCAGUUGGUCUUGGAGGACUCGGUGUCGCACUUCCGCCCGGACUCUAAUAAAGCAGGCCGAAUUGUGUGCAAUUAAGAAUUUCAGGAUGCAAAUCUGAAUCUGUAGUUUUGUCUCCUCCACCCCAUCCCCAUUAUUAGAUUGGCAAUGUCUUUUGUCACGUUGUCAAAAUGUUCUCAGAGGAGCGGUGUCUAGAUAUCGCCGAUUUCUGGUUAAAGUGGCUGAGAUGAUCCCAGCAUUAAUUAAAUGCAGGAGAAUCGAGAUUCUCCUGAUAGUUUAAGGAAAGGAAAAAUUCACACAAGCAAACGGGCAAUCAUUUGAAUGUUUUCCGAUGACGUGGUGCUUUAGGAUCUGAAAUAUGCGACUUGUUUUGUUUGUUUUUGAGGCGGAAUUUCCGCUCUUGUUGCCCGGGCUGGAGUGCAAUGGCGCGAUCUCGGCUCACCGCAACCUCCGCCUCCCAGGUUCAAGCGAUUCUCCUGCCUCAGCCUCCCGUGUAGCUGGGAUUACAGGCACGCGCCACCGCGCCCGGCUAAUUUUGUAUUUUGAGUAGAGACGGGGUUUCUCCUUGUUGGUCAGGCUGGUCUCGAACUCCGACUUCAGGUGAUGCGCCUGGUUCGACCUCCCAAAGUGCUGGGAUUACAGGCGUGAGCCACCGCGCCCGGCCGCGACUUGUUUUUGUCAUUGUUUUUCCUCAUUUCAUUUGGAACGUUCAGACGCAGUCUAACUAACUACAUUUCCAUCCGGAGUAAGGAAGAGCGGCGCUAGGGCAGUCACCCAGGCCGCAGGUGCGGCUUCUUCACCCGCGGUGCUGGAGUUCUCUCAAGUGGAAGCCCACGACGAUGAAAACCUUAUGGGUGGGCUGCUGCUUACACACAACAGCCGCCACGGCGCAAAAUAAACUACAAAACUAUAAGCCUUUACCUUUUCAAACACACCACGCGGGCCAGCCCCAGCACUACGCCCGCAGGGGCACGCAGAAAACAUUUCCUUAUCGUGGCCAAGUAGGAAGCCUCCGGGAUAGCGUUCUUCUUAACCUACGUAAACACGCUGUUUCCCGAGCUCGACAAUCGGCUAGCCACUCCUGAUAGCGUUCGGCGCUCGCCUCUCGGCCCUUGCUCCUGCGUACUCGGCUUCUUCCAGUCGCCUGGGCCCGGAUCGGGAAGUGUCCGGCGGGUGCCGAGUUCCCCCACUUCCGCGGCUAUCACCACUGAACCCGGACCCCCUACCCAGGUCCAGGGCCAGCCGCCAUGACGAACGUGUACUCCUUGGAUGGGAUUCUGGUGUUUGGUUUGCUCUUUGUUUGCACCUGUGCCUACUUCAAGAAAGUACCUCGUCUCAAAACCUGGCUGCUAUCAGAGAAGAAGGGUGUUUGGGGUGUGUUUUACAAAGGUGAGGCCAUGUCUGGACAGGGAGAAGAGACUGCCAUCUCUGGACAGUGUGGAGCUACAAAGUAGGGAGUACAGUGAGCUGGGACUGAUUUUGGUUUCAUUUUUAGAAAACAAUCCCUCAGAUUGGGUCUGAGAGUCUGUAAAAUUAAUCAUUCUCCAAAGUUGAGGGAAGAGAUAAAUGUUAAAAUUUGCCUGGUGUGGUGGAUCAUGCCUAUAAUCCCAGCACUUUGGGGGGCCAAGGCAGGAGGAUUGCUUGUGUCCAGGAGUUGUAGAUCGGCCUGGGCAACAUAGUGAGACCCCAUUUCUACAAAAUAUACAAAAAUUAGCCAGGUAUGGUGGCACGUGCCUGUAGUCCCAGCUACUCAGGAGACCGAGGUGGGAGGAUUGCUUGAGCCUGGGAGGUUGAGGCUGCAGUGAGCCAUGGUGGAGCCACUGCACUCCAGCCCAGGUGACAG